AUGACAAGACUUUUCCACCCUCAGAUGGAUCUUGUAGGGGGUUACUAUGAUGCAGGUGACAAUGUCAAGUUCAACUUCCCCAUGGCCUUCACAACAACAAUGUUGUCUUGGAGCGUGCUAGAGUUCGGAAAUCUAAUGGGAUCAGACCUUCAACAUGCUUUGGAAGCUAUAAGAUGGGGGACUGAUUAUUUGCUGAAAGCCACAAACGUUCCUGAUUCUGUUGUUGGUGUAGUUGGCGAUCCCAAUGGUGAUCACAGUUGUUCUGAAAGGCCAGAGGACAUGGACACCCCUAGAACCUCUUAUGUAGUCACCAAAGAAAGGCCAGGUUCGGAAGUCUCGGCCGAAAUUGCAGCUGCACUUGCAGCUUCUUCCAUGGUGUUCAAAUAUUCAGACAUUAACUACUCAACUUUGCUUCUUAACCGAUCAAUGCAGGUCUUUGAAUUUGCAGAUAAAUAUAGAGGGUCUUACAAUGUCAGUAUUGGGGCAGGAGCAUGCCCCUUUUACUGUGAUUUCGGAGGCUACAUGGAUGAAUUGCUCUGGGGAGCUGCUUGGCUAUACAAGGCAACUGGAGCAGCUGAUUAUUGGAAAUAUGUGAGAGAAAACAUAGACAAAAUGGACUCCACUGUUAUAAGAAAUUUCAAUGGGGUUCCUGUUUCAUACAUGAAUGAUGCUGUCACUGAAUUUGGAUGGGAUUCAAAGCAUUCUGGGAUUAAUGUACUUGUUUCUAAGUGGGUAAUGACUGAUCCGGGAAGUUCUUCUCCUUUUAUUCCCAAUGCUGAUAAGUUUGUAUGUUCAAUUUUGCCGGAAUCACCCACCGGAAAAUCGGUCACAUAUUCACCAGGAGGACUGCUGUUCAAACCAGGAGGAAGUAACCUGCAACAUUCAACCGCCCUAUCAUUUCUUCUUAUGGUUUAUGCCGGAUACAUGAAGGCUGCAAACAAAGUCGUGAACUGCGGCAAUGAUGUUGUCAUCACUCCGGAUCGGCUAGUUAAUUUCACCAAAGGACAGGUUGAUUAUAUACUAGGAAGCAACCCAUUAGGCAUGUCAUACAUGGUCGGAUACGGGCCAAAGUUUCCUGAGAAAAUACAUCACCGGGGUUCUGUUCUACCGUGCCUUGAUCAACAUCCACAACGCAUCGGUUGCCGCGGAGGAGAUGUGUAUUGGCAAAGCCAAGGUCCUAAUCUGAACUUGCUAACUGGUGCAAUUGUGGGAGGUCCUGCUGAAGAUGAUACAUUCCAAGAUUCUCGAAAUAAUGUUCCACAAUCAGAGCCAACUACAUACAUCAAUGCUCCUUUUGUGGGUGUUUUGGCUUACUUUAAAUCUCUAUUUCCUUGA